GUAAAACAUGCAAAUACCAAGGAAGGGACAGAGACCAAAACAAUUACGAAGAUAGCCACAAAGGGAAACGUGGAAAAUUUAUGAAAAUCUGUGAAAAUUGUGUGGUAGCGCAUAGAAAAUGGUGCUUCGGUCGGGAAUUAUAAUUCCAUUUCAAUUUCGCGAUACUAAGAAGCUGCUCAUGAUUGGCGUGCCCGAGGAGAAUCGAAAUUUAAACAUAUGGGACUUGAAGAAUGUUGUUCGCGCUGCAUUUGGCAUCUACAAUUUUGAGUUUCGCAACAAAAAGAUCGGCUUUAACAUACCCGAUGAACUGCUGCUACAUUAUUUGGCCCAACGUCACGACCUCACAAAUUUCGUUAUUGAAAUAAGCCAAGUGUACGAUGGCGCCUUGGACAACUAUGUGCUUCAUCCCCAAUGCCGCUGCGGUGCUCAAAAGCUGCUCAACGAUUCGCCCACGCCAGAGGAGCCCACAAAUCUGUGCCAGAGUAACACGGUUAUAGACGCAGUGCCUUCAUCGGCUACAAUGACGCUGCCUCCUUGCGAGGAUGAUGAACAGGAGAGUCUGAAGUACCGCAUCGAUAAGGCUAGUAGUGGUGCUGCAUCUGCGGAGCUGGGCAUGCCCGCCUAUGAUCCAUGCACACCCAAAAUGGACUACGACACGCAAGACGAGCUGCCGGAUUCGCCGCACUCGCCACACCCACAACAGCAGCUACAGCAGCAAUUGGUAACAGCACCGUUGCCAUUGCCGCCACCACCUUCACAUAUUCCGCAUCAUCAUCAGCACGACGACGAUCAGCAGCAGCAGCAGCAACAGCAGCAGCAGCAACAACAGCAACAACAGUUACUACAGGAGCGCAUACAGCAUGAGUUCAUGCUGCAGCAGCAGCAACAGCAUCAGCAUUUGCAGCAACAGCAGCAUUUAGCGCUGUUGCAACAACAGGAGCAACAACAACAGCAUCAACAACAACAACAGCAACAACAGCAGCAGCACCAUCAACAGCAACAACAAGGCGUCAACAUGGCUUUAGCCCCAACGGGCACAAAUAACAUUCGACAACGCAAGGAACGCAUGUCUAAGCGCCAAAAGGAGCUGUACGUGCACUUUCUGCAACAGCAUCAAUUCAUCAACGAUCAUCGACGCAACGAUCCCGUGUUGGACCCGUACUGGCUUAAGUUGGCGAAUCUGUUGAAUGCGGUGCCACAGGGCGCGGUCAAGCAUGUGACGGAGUGGAAGCAAACCUUUGACAAUUGGCGAUAUCGUAUCUUUUUGUAUGCGCGCUACAAUUCGAAGCUGCAGGAUGAGGAAGCACAGAAUCCGCGCAACUUUAAGCCGCUGACACGCACCGACAAGCAGGCGUACAUAAUGUGGAUACGCAAUCCGGAUACUGCGCCGCCGGAUCUAGAUAAAAUGCGCAAUGUGUUCUGCAAUCUGGAGGAAAGUACGACGCAUCAGGACUAAAAGCCAGCCGGUCUUUCAAUAGGCCGGCUCAUCCGCAAGCGCUUUCGCAAAUUGCCAUUGUUCUAGUUUAUAAGAGACGGUUUUCUAUAUAUGC